UUUUAUUAUGAAAGUACAAGGCCGGAAGUGUCUGCCUGCGUAAGCAGCUAAGUGGCUAACGCUAUCAGCCAAAAGCUGCACGACUAAACAAGCGCGUUCUUCAAGUCUUGGGAUGCAGAGCCGCUGCGCUGUUCCGAGCUGCCCCGGCGGUAAAGCGGACCCGCAGCCGCUCUUCCGGUUCCCUCAGGAUCCACAAAGGUGUCAGACGUGGGCGGAGUCAUGCCAGGGGACAAAGCUGGGGGACAAACCGGUGGAGCAGCUGUACAGGAACUACAGGCUGUGUGGGAAACACUUUGAAGCUUCUGCCUUCGACACGGAUGCUCCAGGUAAAGUGUUGAAAGAUGACGCCGUACCAACCAUCUUUGACCCGCCAGCCCAGCCUAAAACUGGACAAGUGAAGCGCGGCAAGGAGACGCCCAAAGAUGAAGAUGUGGGCAGCAGUGACAGAAAGAGAAUCAAAAAGCCACAAGCAGAAGCCCCUCCGGAGGAGACCCAGAACCAGGAUCCAGAAGACGACCAGAAGAAAUAUCUGAAGUCUUUAUUUGAAGUUGUUCUGCUGCUUGGAGAGCAGGGCAUCCCUCUUUCAGGAGCCACUGACGAUGGAGACAAAAGCCUUAAGCCAAGCACCUUUCAGGCACUGCUAGAUUACCGUAUCAACUGUGGCGAUGAGGUGCUACGGAAGCGGUACGACUCGCUGAAGCCCUGCUGCUUCACGGAGGAUUUGAGUGGUUUGCUGGAGGUGUGUGAGGAGUAUGUGCGCAGUAAGGUGGUGGAGGAUGUUAUACACAACGGCUUUUUCUCCUUGCUGACCGAAGAUCCGGUAAAGAUCUCUGGACAGUGGUGCCUUCCCGUCUUCCUUCGUUAUGUGGACCCAACUAAAUGCCAGCAAGAAAGGUUUGCAGGGUUCUUGGCCUUCAAAGCAGAGGAAGAUGACCUAGCUGAGACGAUGUUGUCUGAAUUGGUUGAGAAGUGGGGCGUAGAUAUGGAGCAGUGUCGAGGACAAGCUCACUCCUGUUCAGGGCCACAUUUCAGUAAAAUCAAAGCAUUUGCUGCCAAAGUGACUGAGAAGUAUCCAAAGGCGGUUCUUACCUUCAGAUCCACCCACUCGCUAAACGUGUCACUAGUCGGUAGCAUGGCAGUCUCAGGGGUUCGGCUUGUCGUGGCUACCUUCAAGAAGAUAGAGUCGUUUUUCCGUCAGUCGCCUCUGAUGCAGCAGGAGUUGGAUCACGCCAUUUCUAUCUUCUAUCCAGACAAAGAAGACAAAGCCAAAGAACUUAAGGAGAUCUGCAAAAGUAGCUGGACCAAAGGACACGAUGCCUUUGAGGUGGCUCUGGAAGUCAUAGAAGCACUGCUACUUUGUGUGGACAGCAUCCACGACAAUGAGGACAUGAGGUGGAAUGACCAAGUCACCCACAGUGCUUUGGAGAUCUCUAAAGCAUUGACAGAUUUUGAGUUGAUCAUGGCGCUGGUUGUGCUGAAGAACGUCAUUGUGCUCACCCAGGCUUUUGGGAAGAACCUGCAAGGCAACGCAGCUGAUGCCGUUUUAGCUGCAGUCAGUCUAAAAGCUGUGUUGCGUUCCCUGAAGGAGAUGUCCGACAACAUUGACGUGUAUCACGAGUUCUGGUACGAUGAAGCUGUUAAUAUAGCUGCAGCCAUGGAGAUCCCAGUCAGGGUUCCUCGGUCCUUCUCGAGGAAGUAUCGAGGUGAAACUGGAAGCAUUCAGCCUGAUGGCUACUACAAGGAUCACCUGUCUGUACCUGUGCUGAACCACGUUAUCAAGGAAAUGAAUGAGCUCUUCUGUGAGAACCACCUGAAGGCUCUGAGGUGUUUGUCUCUUCUCCCUGAAGUCAUAGCGCAGAACAAGUCCACGCAGCCUGAAGAGGGAACCGUAGAGUUGUUUAAGGAGGACAUCCCAAACGCAGGAACCCUGUCUGCUGAACUGCACUGCUGGUUGGUUAAAUGGAGCAAAAAAGGCAAAGGCGAGACCUUCCCGUCCAGCCUUUGUGGGACGAUGCAGCUGGCUGAUGUGAAGUUCUUCCCCAACAUGUUUGCCAUCCUGAGCAUCCUCAGCGUCCUUCCUAGCUUAGCUCCGGAGGACAGCUGUGAUGUAGCAUACAAGCGUUUCAAGGUGUACCUGGAGAACACCCCCGACAAAUUCAGAUCCAAAAGCCUCGCUCUUCUGAACAUAAGUUAUGAUGUUGACUUUGAUCUGGAUACAAUGGUUGAGAUGCACCUGAAGAUGUUCCCCGCUGGGCGAGAGGUUUCAUGAGCCUCCGGACUGGUUCAGCGGUACGUGAUCUAGGGCGGGGUUCUGUAGGCGGGAUGUUGUGAAGUUGUCUUCAGUCCUCCAGAUGCUGAUAAAGUUACGGCUGUAGAGUUUGGUUGUUAGGCUGUUUGAGCUCACAUCUGGAUGACCUUUAGCUUAUUCCGGCUCUAAACGGGCAAGUAAAUAUAUUGUAGGGUCUGUUGUCAUUGUUUUAUACGUUUGAUUUCUGAGCAGGAGAUAUUUACACUUGUUAAGAUCUGAAACUGACUCUAAUGUUCUUCACUGCCAGCAUUUGUCACCAAGUCUUUAGUGUCUAAAUGUUUCUGUUUGUGAAUAAACGUGUAGGUUUCUGCUCUGAGACCGGGUUUCUAGGCUAGAUGUUAGCGGACUUGCUCUAGCAUUUGAUCACCUCUCCUGAAAGCUGACAUCAAGAAUAAAGAUUUGAAUCCGUUUUA